GACAGGUUAUGGGUCCCAUUCCGACAUGUAAAAAAAGUUAUUUGCUUCGGCUUAGCUCUUUAUUAUACUCGUAUUUUCUUCAUAAGUCAAUCUUUUAUAGACCGAAUACGGAUACGAUUUGUUUAGUCUUGGCUGGGGGUUUCUACUUUAGUUGAAAGAGAUUUUCAAAUACAAAUAUAUGUCUGAGAACGAAUUGGGAUGUGACCGGAAGUGAAGAAACUCGUGGCGGGAACAACUAAACAGCAGCUUUUACAUUAUAAAACCCCCGUAUGUUGUGUCUGGCACCUGUUUAUCGUGUCAGAGUAUCAGAGGAUAUCCCUCAUAACUGGAGCAGGCCAGGCAUGAGUGGAGCACACCUGGACGAAUGGCAGAGGAGGUCCUUUGACAUUUCAUCUGGCAACUGCACACCUGAACAGACGGCCGAUGCCUACCGGGCCCACAUCCUCUCCAUUCAGUAUGCAUGGGCAAGCUCCCAGCUCUCUGAGGCCGGCACGGCCAGUCUGCUCAGGACCUACUCGGAGCGCUACGCCUCGGUGCUGGACUCGGAUGACCCCCGCACAGGGCUCAACAACUACGCAGAGAGCGCGCUGCAUUUGGCCCGCAGUCAGAGGAACCACAGUGACAAAUGGGAGUCGUCGCUGACCAUGGAGAACGUGCUGGAGCUGCCCUGCGUGCAGAGGAUGUUUAAGGCAGGAAAAGAGGGAGGAGGCUCCCUCGUGGCACCGGGAGAUGUUAACAUAUCUGUGGGAGGAGAGAGCAGGUCAGAUGCUGCAUUGUUCAAAGCCAUACAUCCACCUCAGCCUAAAACAGAGGUCAACAACACCACCUGCAGUCCUGCAACCAAUAUGACUUUAGAGAGGGCAAGAGGCUCUGAGGGGAGUUCAGGUAAUCCAAACUCGUUCUCCCGACCUCCAGCCCGACCGCAGUCUGUGUUUAGUCAUUCUUCUUCAGUUCCUCCACAGGGAAUCCCUGGACAUUCAGGGGGGACACAAAACCCUCAGUCCUCCUUCUUCCCCACUUCCAACCCGUCUAAGCGGAAGAAUUUUUACAACCCAGAUGGAGGGAAUGGUGGCAGGGGGCAACACGGAGGUCAAGCAUGCACUGACCCACGAGCUGGAGGCAACUUCAAAACGGCUCGCGAGCAGUUCAUUGUUGAUCAACAGAAAAAACAAUCAAAUCAGCCCCAGAGGGGUCAGACCACGGGGAUGGCAGCAACUUUGAAGAAAUCUCUGGGGGCCAACAGGCCCCGAGGUACAUUUUCUAAAUUUGUGUCACCCAUUCCAAGACAGGAGGAGGAAGAUGGAGAGGCGAGCCGCAGUUCCAACCAGGAGCCUCAGAUCCUGGAUGAGCGUCUGAAAAACUUUGAGCCUAAGAUUGUGGAGCUGAUCAUGAGUGAGAUCAUGGACCACGGGCUUCCUGUCUCCUGGGAUGACAUAGCAGGCCUGGAGUUUGCCAAGACCACCAUAAAGGAGAUUGUGGUUUGGCCCAUGCUGCGACCCGACAUCUUUACCGGCCUCCGUGGUCCACCCAAAGGCAUCCUGUUGUUUGGACCCCCGGGGACCGGGAAAACUCUGAUCGGGAAGUGCAUAGCUUGCCAGUCAGGCGCCACCUUCUUUAGCAUCAGCGCUUCAUCGCUCACAUCCAAGUGGGUGGGCGAUGGAGAGAAAAUGGUGCGAGCUCUGUUCGCCAUUGCCCGCUGCCACCAGCCUGCUGUCAUUUUCAUUGAUGAAAUCGACUCGCUGCUGUCUCAGCGGACAGACGGGGAGCACGACUCGUCGCGAAGGAUAAAGACAGAAUUCUUGGUUCAGCUGGACGGGGCGACCACGGCCGCCGAGGACCGCAUCCUGGUGGUGGGCGCCACCAACCGGCCCCAAGAGAUCGACGAGGCUGCCCGGCGGCGCCUGUCAAAGAGGUUAUACAUCCCCCUGCCUGAGGCAACCGCCCGUUGGCAGAUAGUAACCAACCUCAUGACUCAGGAGAAGAACCAGCUGAGAGAGCAGGAGCUGGACAGCGUGGUGGCAGCCACCGAGGGCUUCUCAGGAGCCGACAUGACACAGCUGUGUCGAGAGGCAGCACUGGGGCCCAUCCGCAGCAUCCAGCUCAGUGACAUGGCCACUAUCACCGCAGAUCAGGUGCGACCAAUCCUCUAUGAGGACUUCCAGGAGGCCCUGAAGACGGUACGACCCAGUGUCUCAUCCAAAGACCUGGAGCUGUAUGAGGACUGGAAUAAGACUUUUGGAUGUGGACGUUAAGUGUGGCUCCUCGUCCCGAUCUUGGUAUUUUGAACUGAAUUUAGAUAAAACUUUUAAUCUCUGGAUAAAUCUCUGGAUUAAAUGUUUCAUUUUUUUUCUUUGUUGCAAAAAAGGACAUAGUGUGGGUUGAAGAAAUCACCUGACACUGUUGCAGAAAAGAAUUACCUCACAAUUGUACCAACAACUCUGACACAGUCUAACUUAAAAAGAUAAAAGAUAAACAUUUACAAGUUUUACAAAGAUUAAAUUAGUCAACAGUGUCUUAAUGAAAAUGUCUGAAAUGCAAACAAAUAUAAAUAAAUAAAUAUUUAAUUUAGAGUAAUCUUUGUGGUGAGGGAAUGACAGGCUUUUUUGUGUUGAGAAAUCACUGGUUUAUUUGAAUGUUUUAGUAAAUGUUGGUAUAAGCAUCAAGCACCAUGUUGUGUGCUUGAACUGUGUUUCAAAUGAUCAGUUUAAAUUGCUUUAAUUGCCAACAUUAUAUGCUUAUCUAAUAAA